CCACUCUUCUUCUUCAGCCUGGUUCCCCAGCAGACGGAGAGAAGGACGAGCAUGGCGAGUCAAGACCCCGCUGGUUUCCUGCAGCAGCUGCGGCAGAUCGCAGCCCGGAUGUCUGGCGGGCCCCGGGGGGCCGGACUGGGCCUGAAGCUGCUGGCCGGAGCUGGCGUGGUGGCCUUAGGCCUGAAGGAAGCCACCUACACCGUGGAGGGCGGACAGCGAGCCAUCAUCUUCAACCGAGUCGGGGGGAUGCAGAUGGACACCGUGCUCUCAGAGGGGCUCCACUUCAAGAUUCCCUGGAUCCAGUACCCCAUCAUCUACGACAUCAGGGCCAGACCCAGGAAGAUCUCCUCGCUCACCGGGAGCAAAGACCUCCAGAUGGUGAACAUCUCUCUGCGCGUGCUGUCGCGGCCCCUGGCCUCCAAACUGCCCGCCCUGUACCAGCAGCUGGGGAAGGACUACGACGAGCGCGUGCUGCCCUCCAUCGUCAACGAGGUGCUGAAGAGCGUGGUGGCCAAGUUCAACGCCUCGCAGCUCAUCACGCAGCGCGCGCAGGUGUCGCUGCUGAUCCGUAGAGAGCUGUUCGAGCGAGCCAGAGACUUCAACAUCAUCCUGGACGACGUGGCCAUCACCGAGCUGAGCUUCAGCCGAGAGUACACCGCCGCCGUGGAGGCCAAGCAAGUCGCCCAGCAGGAGGCGCAGCGAGCUCAGUUCUACGUGGAGAAGGCGAAGCAGGACCAGCGGCACAAGAUCAUCCAGGCUGAGGGAGAAGCUGAGGCCGCCAAGAUGCUGGGCCAGGCCCUGACCAAGAACCCCGGGUACCUGAAGCUCCGUAAGAUCCGGGCGGCGCAGAACAUCGCCAAGACGGUGGCGCAGUCCCAGAACAAAGUGUACCUGAACGCUGACAGCCUGGUGCUCAACCUGCAGGACAAAGACAACUUCAAUGUGUUGCUAGGCAACUAAGAGGACGCCUCACCAUUCCUCCAGAGAGACUUCUUCUUCUCCUCCUUCAGUGCGUUGACUCGUCAUCAAGUUUAUUUAAACAGACUUGAAACUGCAGGGCUUUUACUUUGAAAGGUUCCUCAGGCGCGGUAAAGGUCUCCUUCCUUUCAGUGUUUGUUGUUUUUGUUAUCUGUAGACGUCAACUGCAGAAAGAAAUAUGAUCAUUGUGAAUAAAAACCGUUUCCCCGUU